AUGUCUGCAUUUUCAUUAAUGGGUGCCUAACAAGUGUACUCCCAAAAUGGAAAUUACCAAGUCACAGUAAGCCUUCCUUAAUGAGAAGACAGAGGAGAAAAGGGAGGAGGAAAAAAAAAAUUCGUGUUUUCUCAAAUUCUCAAAAUGGCUACCAGUUUGCCUACAUCUGAACCAUUGCACUCGGUGCAACUUGAUGGCCUGGUUGUACUCAAGAUCAUUAAGCACUGCCGCGAAUCGUACCCUAACGACGUCACCGGUCAGCUUCUUGGUUUGGACGAGAAGGAAGUUCUUGAUGUUACCAACUGCUUCCCUUUCCCAACUGAUUGCGAUGAAAAUGCCAGUGCUCAAUAUCAACUCGACAUGAUGCGAUGCUUGCGUGCAGUGAACGUGGACAACAACACCGUCGGUUGGUAUCGAUCCGCACAUUUGGGCAACUUUGUGGAUUCCAACUUGAUCGACACCCAGUACAGCUAUCAAAAAUCUUUGAGCGCUAAUUCGGCAGUCAUUAUUCACGAUGUUUCAAAGAGCUCGGCUCAGGGCAACCUCAGCUUGCGCGCUUUCCGAUUGACCGAGGCCUUCAUGAAGCAAUAUGAAUCCAAAAAGUUCACCACCGAGAGCCUUGCCAAGGCCAAAUUGUCCUUCUCCACGAUCUUUGAAGAACUUCCCAUCAAAGUCCACAACUCCCACCUUGUCACGAUGAUGCUUCACAACAUUGAAAUGCCCAAGCUGGAUGCCAGCCGUCUGCGAUCGCCCGCCACGUUUGUGCACAACAACACCGAAUUGGAUGAGGCCAAGCCCUUAUCACCCAACUUUGACGUUUUGGAUUUGGAAUUGGAUCCGUUCAUGCAAAAGAACUUGGAGUACCUUUUGGAUUGCUCGGAUGUGCAGCAACAAGAAUUAAAUAACUAUCAAUACUGGCAGCGAAGCGUCGCUCGUGAACAGGCCAAGAUCCAGUCCUGGCUCACCAAGCGACGACAGGAAAACCAAAUCCGUGCCGACAAGGGCCAAGAACCAUUGCCCGAGGAUGAAGUCAAUACCUUGUUCAAGCUGCCCCCGGAGCCAAGUCGCUUGGAUAACAUGAUUUUGACUGCUCAAAUGCAUAACUUCACCAAGCAGCUGAACCAGUUUGCUGGACCUAGUCUGGCAAGAUUGUACAGUAUUCAAGAAUUGCAAAAGUAAAUACUAUCACUACCGCGUCAUUAAAAAGUUCCCUUUUUUCCCCCGUCUACUGGUCAUUUUAUUACAUCACGAUGCUUGCGUUUUUUCUUGUUCGUU